AUGCAACCACACCGGCCAUCAAAUCAAGCGUCUGAUCAUUCUGCAUGGUUCCCGCAUGCCCGUAACCGCUACAAUAAAUUCUACUGCCUCGGCCACCGUCUUCCAUCGAGUUCUGGCCUGGCACCCAUUCCCAACCGGCCAAACGCCCUAACCAACCAAACUCCAGCCAGAACCAGGCAAGUCAUGUACAAAUACACCCCCGCCCCUCACCUCGCACUCCUACUCAUCUGCUUAUAA